GGAGUAAAGAUGGCGCCCACGCAUGUAUUAAGAUGCUGCCAACGGGGACUAGCUUGGAUUCCAGUCAUUUUUAUUGCCUUAGUGGUCUGUUGGUCGUAUUAUGCGUACGUUGUGGAACUGUGCAUAAUCACCAUCCCGAGCACAGGGGAAAAGAUUGUCUACCUGGUGCUCUUUCAUCUCUCGUUCGUCAUGUUUGUGUGGUCGUACUGGAAGACCAUUUUCACUAGACCAGCAAACCCCUCCAAAGAGUUCUGUUUGCCCAAAGUGGAGAAGGAGCAGUAUGAGAAGGAGGAGCGUCCAGAGAACCAGCAGGAGAUUCUGAAGCGUGUGGCCAGCAGCCUGCCCCUCUACACCCGCACCGGGGCCGGAGCUAUCCGCUACUGCGACCGCUGUCAGGUGAUCAAACCUGACCGAUGUCAUCACUGCUCCGCCUGUGACAUGUGUGUGCUGAAGAUGGACCACCACUGCCCUUGGGUGAACAACUGCGUGGGCUUCUCCAACUACAAGUUCUUCAUCCUGUUCCUCGCCUACUCGCUGGUCUACUGCCUCUUCAUCGCCGCCACCGUGCUGCAGUACUUCAUCAAGUUCUGGACAAAUGAGCUGCCAGAUACUCACGCCAAAUUCCAUGUUUUAUUUUUAUUUUUCGUGGCGGCCAUGUUCUGUAUCAGCAUCUUGUCCCUCUUCAGUUACCACCUGUGGCUGGUGGGCAAGAACAGAUCCACCAUAGAGGCGUUCAGGGCCCCGGUCUUCAGAAACGGCCCCGACAAGAACGGCUUCUCGUUGGGAUUCACCAAGAACAUCGCCCAGGUGUUCGGGGAUGAGAAGAAAUACUGGCUGCUGCCGCUCUUCACCAGUCAAGGAGAUGGGCUCACAUUCCCAACACGUCUGGUGAAUAUUGACCCCGAGCAGCCCAUAGUACCUCAGAACCCAGACAGCAGUAAAAGUGUUGAAGACGACUCGGUCCCACAGAGUCCAGUCAGCGACUCCCAGAACCGGCUGCUUGGCAGCGACCAGCACAUCAGCGAUGAGAUCCUGAGCAUCGACCCCCUCAAGUCAGAUGGAACUGAUGACAUCACCGUGUACAUGGAGAGUGAGUCGUAGCCAGGGUGAGUGAAGGUUGCCGCGGAGACUGGGGAGGCGGGGUCUCUCCACCCUCGUCCGCUGCCCAGGUCUGGGGACUCCCGAGGGAAAGAACAGCCAUCCAAUCAGAUGCCUUAAACAGACUCCAUCUGAUUCCUUUACCCGUGUGGGAGGAGCAUCAGCACGCUCAGUUGGGCGCAUGGCCACCGUCCUCUCGGCUACCGCCCCGCGCUCCUGUCUCUAGUCUUGCUCUGUUUGUUUGUCUGUUUGUUUGUUUGUUUGUUUGUUUGUUUGUUUGUCUGUUGUUGUCAUUCCCCCCUCUCUCUUUUUGCCGCAUCUUAGUUUGGUUGUGUCCAUUCACACUUGCAACACACACAUCCUGUAACAUUAAACCAAACGCAGCAUCGGAGCCCUGUGUUCAGCUGCCCAGAGUGACGCCCUCGGCGUGUUCAGAUCAGGAGAGAGUUCAGCGCAGUAGCGGUUCAUAUUAACAGUACCCAACAGAUCACACUCACACUCUUCAGAUCAGGAGAGAGUUCAGCGCAGUAGCGGUUCAUAUUAACAGCACCCAACAGAUCACACUCACACUCAGAUCCUUCUGCAGCUCUGGCUCCUAAGUGUUGGAAUGUGUGUUGGUUAAGGCAUUGCAAGAUGAAGGGCAUUAUGCAACCCAUGUGGCUGUGCGGAAGAAUCCCACAAUGCAUGGUCUGCAGUUUUGAAAGACUGUGCUUGUUAAUGAUGUGUGUAGGUAUUGGCAAAACUUCUGUCAAACAAUGUGAGUUGGUCAGAAUUGUUAGAGGCUUUCCCGACUUGCCAGCCUUUUUCUAGAGAACACAUCUUGUAGAUAUUAGCAGAAGAACAUCCCCAUUUUCUUUACAUACAUUUCAGUUUCUCUAUCGCCACCUGCUAGUAGUUAAGUCUUUUUUUCUUCCUUUAAUUAAACGCUGCUCCCUGGUCUUGCCAAAUGGCAUUUGACUCAUAAAACCAUCUGCAGGGGAUCAGGCAGGAGACCCAGAACUAAGCUGUUCCUUCGCUUUUUGUUCAUAGCCGUGCUUGAACCGCCAGAGCAUCUGGGAUAAUCGUGUGCCUUAUUUCACUUGUUUGAUUUGACUUGAACGGCAUGGCAGCCAUGUUGUCAUGCCCCCCUGUGGAUAUGAUGCACGGGAUGCAGACUAUGAAUCAGCGGCCAUGUCUAAACCGUGGGCCCAAAAGCGGUCAUGUCUAAACCAUGGGCCCCACAGGUUCAGCGGCCAUGUCUAAACUAUGGCCCCACAGGAUCAGGACAGCUCCAUAAGAGAAGCUUUGACAUCCAUUCUAGAGUGAGAGACAUGAGUAAUGUUGAGGGAUAUCGAGCGUACAGUAGCCUCGGUCUUGUAAGGUCUCUAUGUGGAAAGCUUGCUAUGAGAUGCACUCUGACUGGGAAAGGCCUUUAUCCAAAUGCUGCUUUAGGAAGGAGGGAAGAGCCGCUCCAUUCACAAACAACUAAGGAGCCCGCGGUUUGAACAGGCUGGUGUUUUCUUUCUUUUUUUCAUGUGUUUGUUUGUUGUUUACGUCACUGUCUGAUUUCUAUCCUGAUGUUUACACUACAUGUGUCAGGUUCAAAAAGGGGGGACUGAAAAGGACGGGCCUUUAUAUCGGAUUAGACAGCCGUCGCCGGCCUUCAGAAAGGGCCUGGAGAUUUCAAAGGGAUUUGCUCUCUCUGAGGCUCAGCCAAAGCCUUACAGACAGAAACACGAUAGGGACGAGUGUGUUCACGAUUAGUGCAGGAAAGAGCACAAGAAGGGGCAUUUGCACUUUUAAAGACUUCUUUUAGGAGAUGUACAUACAUACGUUUUGUUUGUUUGUUCGUUGUGUUUUGCUUUGUUUUGUUUUGUUUUUACUUAAUGUGCACACACAAAAUCAUGAUCUCCAAAGUAUCAUACUCUAUGACUGGCUACUACCCAGGGGGCAAAGGGGGUUUUACAGACAU